GCGAACUGCUGUGUCCCCAGAAUUGACAAGGGAUCGAAGGGAGAGUCACUGAAGCAUUUGCACCGGGACCGUUAUAUUGUCAUCAAACCACCUGUUAUAGGGAGGGAGGCCUCUGUUCCGCCAUCCCUCCCACAAAAUAGUAUGGGACGGAGUUUCUUUGGAGUACGCUAAUCGGGAUAAGACAGAGUGCCCUAGAGUAAACUGACGCAUGCGAGCCAGCAAGUUGACAGACAUAACAAAACUUGCGUCAACAGGGGACAGUCCUACUAGGAAUUACGGACGUUGAGUAGAUAGCUGGUCCUGCAAAAUGAAAUUCGCGGAGCACCUUUCGUCCCAUAUUACUCCAGAAUGGAGGAAACAGUACCUUCAAUAUGAGGCGUUCAAGGAUAUGCUGUAUGCGGCCCAGGACCAGGCCCCAUCCAUAGAAGUCACAGAUGAAGACACUGUCAAGAGAUACUACGCCAAGUUUGAGGAGAAGUUUUUUCAGAAUUGUGAGAAGGAGCUUUUGAAGAUCAACACAUUUUAUUCAGAGAAACUUGCGGAAGCCCAGAGGCGUUUCGCCACCCUGCAGAAUGAGCUGCAGUCGUCUCUGGAUGCGCAGCGUGAGAGCAAUGCGCCAGGUCUGCGGAAACGCAAGACAGUGUUCCACCUUUCCCAGGAGGAGCGCUGCAAACACCGCAACAUCAAGGACCUACAGCUGGCCUUCUCCGAGUUCUACCUCAGCCUCAUCCUACUGCAGAACUACCAGAAUCUGAACUUCACAGGCUUCCGUAAGAUCCUGAAGAAGCAUGAUAAGAUCCUGGAGACUCCCCGUGGGGCUGACUGGCGCGUGGCCCACGUGGAGGUGGCCCCCUUCUACACCUGUAAGAAGAUCACCCAGCUCAUUUCUGAGACUGAGGCUGUGGUGACCACAGAGCUGGAGGGAGGGGACCGUCAGAAGGCCAUGAAGAGGCUGAGAGUGCCUCCACUGGGGGCAGCACAGCCUGCUCUAGCCUGGACUACCUUCCGCGUUGGCCUAUACUGUGGGGUCUUCAUCGUCCUCUCUAUCUCCUUCAUCCUCAGUGGUGCUGUACUCAUCCGGUAUGAGAACGUGUGGCCUCUGGUGCGUAUCUACCGUGGUGGCUUCCUGCUGAUUGAGUUCCUCUUCCUGUUGGGCAUUAACACGUACGGCUGGCGCCAGGCGGGGGUCAACCACGUGCUCAUCUUUGAGCUGAACCCUCGCAGCAACCUCUCCCACCAGCACCUGUUUGAGAUUGCAGGGUUCCUGGGGGUGCUGUGGUGUAUGAGCAUCCUGUCCUGUCUGUACUCUGAGUACACCAUGCUGCCAAUGCAGGUCAACCCCCUCAUCCUCUACGGCUUCAUGCUCCUCUUCCUCAUCAACCCCUUCAAGACUGGCUACUACAAGUCCCGCUUCUGGCUGCUCAAACUGCUGUUCCGUGUGUUCACUGCGCCGUUCCACCGCGUGGAGUUUGCAGACUUCUGGCUGGCCGACCAGCUCAACUCUCUGGUGAUUGUACUGAUGGACCUGGAGUAUCUCAUCUGCUUCUACAGCUUCGAGCUCAAAUGGACCGACCGCAAAGGCCUCCUGCCCAUGUUCAACAGUGAUUACACAUGCCACAGUUACUCCUAUGGUCUCCGUGCCAUCAUCCAGUGUCUGCCUGCUUGGUUCCGUUUCGUGCAGUGCCUCCGUCGGUACCGAGACACCAAGCGAGCUUUCCCUCACCUGGUCAACGCUGGCAAAUACUCCACCACCUUCUUUGUGGUCACCUUCGCUGCACUCUACAGCACCCACAAAGAACAAAAGCAUUCCGAUGCAGACAUGUUCUUCUACCUGCUGAUGGUGUUCUCAGCCGUCAGCUCCCUGUACACUCUGAUCUGGGACCUGAAGAUGGACUGGGGCCUGUUUGACCGUGGAGCAGGGGAGAACACCUUCCUUAGGGAGGAGAUUGUCUACCCACAGAAAGCGUACUACUACUGUGCCAUCAUAGAGGACGUGAUCCUGCGUUUCGCCUGGACCAUCCAGAUCUCCCUAACCACCAUGACCAACAUCCCCUCUGUGGGAGACAUCGUGGCCACCGUUCUGGCUCCUCUAGAGGUGUUCAGGCGUUUUGUCUGGAACUUCUUCCGUCUGGAGAAUGAGCACCUGAAUAAUUGUGGUGAGUUCCGUGCCGUGAGGGACAUCUCGGUGGCUCCGCUGAACGCUGACGACCAGACGCUGCUGGAGCAGAUGAUGGACCAGGAGGACGGAGUCAGAAACCGUCAGGGCAAGAAGAGCUGGAAACGCAGCUACAGCCUGUCUCUACGGCGCCCCCUGCUGUCCUCUCAAUCAUCCAAGAAGGACACCAAGGUGUUGAUAGAGGACACGGAUGAUGAGGCCUUCAGCUGAGCCCAAAGCACCAGCUCAACAACCCCAGUGAUCACUCCAUCACAGAGCUGCCUCACACACACACACACAAAACACGCACACACACACACACAUGCACACACACACACACAGGCAGACACAGGUAGACACACAGGCAGACACAAACAUACACACUAAUACAUACAAAGAAACACACAACAAUUCAGUGGCACACAAACAGAUUAAUUUAUUCAAGCACAAUGAGGUGGGAUUACACACACACACACACACACACACACACACACACACACACACACACACACACACACACACACACACACAGUUUUGAGUUAUUCAGACAAAGAGGGAUACACACAGAAACAUAUUUGAAAACCCACCAAGCACUGGGAUUUUCCUAUCAGUACUUUUAUUUUUUAACAGACUUUAUGUUGAUACUUUUUUGUUUGUAUAUUUGUUUUUGUAGUUCUUUGCCAUUUUUGGAGAUGUAUUAGAGAACAAACGACUGUUUACAUGCAUUUAUUAUAUUAGGAUCAACAGGGAGAAGAAAUAUUUAUCAAAAAGACUAAUAAUAAUAACAAGCCUGAGCAUGGACUCUGGAACAUUUACCACAGCAUAUCAACAACAUCAACUGGUUUCAACCUGUUGCUUCUUUUUUCUACUCCACUUACUGGGUUGAUUUUGUUUAUUGAGUUGUAAUAAUAAAGUCAGUGUAAAACCCUGGCGGCACUUGCAGGAAAAGUGCAUUUAAUACAAACAAACAAAAACAACUUGUACAAAAAUAUAAUUUAAACAUAUUUUAGUCUGUGAAAGUUGCUUUGUAUAUUUGUUCAUGUGCACUACUAUGUACUCCAUGUAUUAUUUAGAAGGAGAAUAGCUCAAGCAUCUGUGCAAUGAUACGUAUGUGUUUCUCAAUGGUGGGAAUGUUGAAUUAGACUUAUGCCGUGUUUUCUAAGAGCUACUGUUUCCCCUCUUGUCCUGUGUGGAAGACUAAGAACACUUCAAGUGGCUCAUUCUCCCUCUCAUAUAAACUUUUCCUACAGAUCAGUUAGCCAGCCCAUGUUACAACUUCAAAGUUCUGCAAAAACAAACAAGUCAAUUAUCUAAUUAGCUUAGUUCAAGUGCCCUACAUGUUCAUAACUGUACUUUGCUUUUCUGCUAAAGCGUUAUUUUAAUGUUGUUCACUCGCAUAGCAUCAAUCAUCUAGCUAGCCUGAGAAGAAUAGUCUGUUUGUUGUACUGUGCAGCUGAGUUGAGAUGUCUGAGAGUCUCGUGCAUUUCUCUACCCUUUAAGAAUACUUUCCCAUUCUCUCUUUUUAUUGCUCAACAACUAAAACAGCACUGUGACCAUUUUUGAUUGCAGUGUUUUCUACUGAUUGUGUGGGGCACUUUGUAUUUUUUCUGUUGUUCUGCUUUCUCAGAAGCAGUGGAGAUCAGCGAGAUCAGCUGACAGUGAUCAGGGUUUUCCACUGGGGUUCCUCUGACUGUAAUACCGCCCAAGUAGGUCAUGUGGCAUCUUCACAGGAUAUUGAUUUCGUCUGCUGAGAUGGGUUUUCCAUAGGAGGGAUGUCCUGGCUAAACAGGAGAUCCUCAUCUGUCAUGUCUGCUAGCACUUUCACUAUCCAAAUAACAGUCCACACCCUGACCUCUGUCAUUUUUCCUCUGAAAUAUCUACGGACUUUACAACAUAGCUGCUGCAUCACCUCUUUGAAUACAGAAUGCAUGCGUCAUGUACAGUAUCAUAGGCCCUGGGACUCUGCGUGUGUCAGGGUUUUGAGUGGUAGGGUUUGUCAGGCCUGUUGACUAGAACAGGGACCAAGUGAGUGAGUCGUAUACCUGCUGUGUCAAGUGAUCUUUAAUCCUGGAAAGACUUUGCUGUGAAACAGUAGUUCUCAGAUCAGAUAGCCGUGAUUAAAUAGGCCCGUCCUCCUUGGGUUGUAGACCUGCAGUAUUUACUCUGUUGUUUAGGACUGGGUUAGCUCACAGUUUCAAGUCUCAGUGCCCAAAAAUGAUGUUGAAGGUGAGGUUGAUUUCAAUUAUCAACUCAUUCUACAGUACAUUUCUGUUUCUCAUGCUUUUAUGGCAAUGCACUCAUCAACAAAACUCAUGAUUUUGCUUUAAUGUAUGUUGUUCCUUGAUUAACAUUAGUACUUUUUAUUACUUGGUUUCGCCAAGAAAAAGAACCCCAUGGAAAUUGUUCAACUGGCAUCCAUUGUUAGUGCUCUUUUUGUUUGUUCAUUUUGUUACAUGCAUGCUUUACUUAUAUCAUUUACAAGCACAAUCUAUCGGCUGUAACUUUGAAGCGGGUAAGCCCCUUAUCGUGGACCUCGUGGCUUUUCAAAGGAAGGAUAAGUGUGUGUGUUGUUGACUGCUUUCUCCCCACUCCCUGUGUGUGACACCCUCUCUCUUUCACCCUGGGGCUCAACUGUGUUUACACAAUGCAGUAGUUGAUGUACAGUGUUGAUGUGUUGAUCAAUCAGCAUGAGCUUGUCUUGCCUUCCUCUUAGCUUUUCUUUACUAUUUAGACUGUUGACGCGUCUAAUGAGAAAUCACAGUUGGAGUCCCAGUGUAAAAUAUUUGUUUAAAUUGCAAAGUUCAUAGGCUACAAAAUGUUGUAAAUGUGUAAGAGCACCAUCAACAACAAGAAAUACACACAAUGUCGUGUGCCUUUGAGAUAGAUUUCUUCCAUUACUGUGGUGAUGAUGCAGUUAGACAUAUGGAAAUUAUGGCUGUGCAAUGAAGUCUGGUAGUGAUGGAAACCACUAUCACAAAACACACAAUUCAAUUAUCUAACUACUGAUUGUGUCCUCUUUGUUGGAAGAAUAGUUGCUUCCACUUUCUUCCCACACUCACUACAAAUAUGGAACAGGCUAGUCAACCAGUCUUUCCACCAAAGAGCACCCUGCUGCAAGGUCGCCUUUGGCAUUUCAGUCCUUUUGAAGUGAUGGAGAGCUCUUCUACCCCUCAAAACACACACAGAUACACACUGUUUAAUCUAGUCUAAAAAUGUAACACUGUCCUCUUUUGACAGAGACCACAAACUCCUCCCUCCCAACUUCAUGAGAUUGUUUUAGUAUCACUCUGACAAUUGUCUUGCCUGCAUGCUGCUUUUGUUUUCCAUUGUACAUAUCUGAAUGAUUUUGUUAAUUAUCUGGAGAAUACUGUAAAUUCUAGCUGUACUGUUAAAUCUUGAUUACAUACAUUGUUUUUCAUUUAGCUUUAGAACAAGCAGUAUUCCAGGUGUUGAGGAGCAUUUUGAUUGUUCACAAUCCUGCAUUCUUUAAGUGUAAAACCUGUUGAAUUGUGUUUGUUAAAAAAAAAGAGAAAAAGUAGAAAGUGAACCUGGAUUGUGAUUGGCUGUAUCUUGUUGGUGUUUCCAUAUUCUUUCCUGGCUCCCUCAUCCUCAGGGUUUGCGUCCAGGGCUACUGGAGGGAGGGGACUAGGGGUUGACAACCCUCAGUCAAGCGAGUGAUGACACUAACAAGAUACUAAUGGUUUCCUAAGAUGUUACCUUGGAAGCAUUCUAAUGCAUAUGACUGCUUAGCAGUUAUUCACUAAUUUAUGUACAACUGAGCCAUUUUUAAUGUCAAGAUAUGGUUAGAAAGUGAUAACCCUUUGACAUUGAGGGUUAUUUUGUAUAGUUUUUUCUAAGACCUGAAUCAUACGCAAGCCCUGACAUCACAUUUUCUCAUGAGUAAAACCUCAAUGAUUUGCUGAUUUUACUGCUUGCUAAAUCCCAUGUUAUGUGCUUGAUGUCUCUGCAUCUUUACUUCCUUCUUGAUGUUGUUGUACCCUUUCUAAAGUAGAAGACUAACAGUGUCUAUAGUAACUACAUGGAUGUACUUUGAACGCGUUAUGAAAACUGAUAAAAAGAUCAGUUAUGUGAUUGUGUUUUAAAAAGACAAAGGAAAUGUCUUACAAUAGCCCUUUUACAGAGUAGAUUGUAAAUGUUGAGUGUAUAACGUUGUACUAUGAUGGUUUUAAUGAUGGUCUCAUUUCUAUUUCUGUAUACACUUUGGUGAUCCUGUCACAUCUGGGUUUUAUAAACCACGCAUAUUUUUUUAAACUGUCGCCCUGGCUCUGGCUUUUUUAUUUUGUCCAUUCCAUAAUAAAAAAUAGUGUUGUCUGUA